AUGCAUCACCAGGGACAAGGAAAGGAAGUGGAGAAAGUGGAUUUCUACAAGUACCUUGGGGUACAUAUUAACAGUAAACUGGACUGGACACAUAAUACUGAUGCCCUCUAUAGGAAAGGACAGACGCUCACUUUUUUGCUCUUUUUUGCUGUGGUGUGCUGGGGUGGUGGCAUCGAAGCUGGAGAAGCCAACAAACUGAAUAAGCUGGUGAAGAAAGCCAGCUCUGUGGUGGGUCUGGAGCUGGACAGUCUGGAGGUAGUGGGGUUCCGUGUGCUGGGUCCUUCUGACCCUCUGAGUGUCCAGCUUGGUGGCUCAGUGAUGUUACCCUGCUAUGUUGAAACUCCUCUACCGAUGGAUGAGCUGGAAGUGGAGUGGAAGAGAACCGACACUUUAGUUCAUUUGUGGCAGAAUGGACAAAGUGAACCAGAGUCUCAGAACCAGGAUUAUAGAGAACGAGCACAUUUCUUCUCUGAGGAGGUCAAACAUGGAAACUUCUCACUCUUACUUACUAAUGUAACCAGUAAAGAUGCAGGAGUUUACAGAUGUGUGGUUAAUGCAGAGAAGGAAUCUAAUGAAGCUUCAAUUGAAAUAAAGGAACCAGAUCAUCUGAUUGUAACUGGAGGUCACGCUGUAUCUGCUCACGCCGGUGAAGACGUCACACUGAAUUGCUCAAUCAAAUCUCAUUUACCACUAGAACAGAUAGAACAGAUUGAGUGGAGGAAAGUGAAUGAAAGCAUCUUAGUUCUGCUGUAUGUAAAUGGUGAGGUUCUGACAGACUCCAGUGAUGAGAGAUACAGAGACAGAGUUGAGCUCUUCAGCAAUGAAGAAGUUCAGAAAGGAAACUUCUCACUGAGACUGAAGAACGUCAGAACUGAGGACAAAGGGAUGUUCAUGUGUGUAGCGUUUCAUGGAGAUUUAUCAGCUAACGCCACUGUGGAGGUGCAGCAGCUUGAAAUCGAAAUGCCACCAAAAACCUCAAAGCAACCGAAAGACUCUCAACUGUUAGCCUUAGCUGUGGAUAUCUCCGCUUGCGACGUGGCUAACCAAGAAGCGAGUGAUGAGGAGAUACCGCAGAUGUGGGAGACGAUCUCUAACAGAAUACUGCAAACGAUCAAUAAGAGGUUUGACAAAUUUGAACAGUCAUUCCAGCAUCUGCAAACAACAUUACAGUCAGUCACAGAAAGGAUGGAGGCAGCAGAGGGACACGUUAAUAAUCACAGUCAGCCUUAG